AUGGAUAAAGAUCCGACGCUCAAAAAUUCAUCAAUCAUGAGCGCAAUGAUACUAAGUGUAACAGAAAAAUUAAAUGAGCUGAAUUUGGCGCGUGAUAAAACUAUUGUAAAAAAGAAAAUUCAUGAAGAAAUAAACAGUUUGAUAUCCAACCGUAAUAGAAUAGCAAGGCAGAAACGUAUAUCAAAAGAGGCAACGUGGCAUAAACAUAGCGUAUCAAUAACUGUACCAACAGAAACGGUUUACGUUGACACAGCUACGCCGAAAAAUUUAUUGCCAAAUGACGAUAUUUUUAACCCUUUGGCUCCCGGCGACGUAUAA